GGGAAGAAGGAUGCUGAGCCCGCGCGCCCGCCCGCUUGCUCCCCCCGGGCCGCGCGUCGGCACUCACGCUGAGGGGAGAGAGCGAGCUGCCGGGGAGCGGAGGGGGGGUCAGGCCGACACUGUCGCCGCCGCUGCCAGAGCCGCCGCCUCCUCCCUCAGUUUCGUUUCCCCACAAGCCAGCCCAGGUCCGCCAGCGGCACCGUCGCGCUCGGGUCCGGUACUGCGGGCAGCGCAGCCUGAUGACGUCACGGACAGCGCCGCGGCUUGGUCCUCCCCCGGCCGGGUCCCGGCCCCGGGAAAGGCCGCUGAGGUUCUGGCCCGCUCCGCCCUGCAACCUGGGAGGUCCAGGGGCGCCUGCGCGGAAAAGCCGCCCGGAAAAGGCUGCAAAAGCAAAAACUAAGAACAAGUUCAGAGAGGUAGAUGGUAAACUGGUUGAGCGAACGCAGUGUUCUUGUUCCCUGCCGUAUCCCCAGCAUCCAGCCUAUGGGACAUCUCAACAGAUUUUGAACGAAGGACGGGAGGAAAGAAGGAAUGCCGCCUAUAGCAUCUUACCAUAUGGACACAGUUGGCUCUCCAUCUCAAACCUCUCUUCUGAUUUUCAGGCCAAUAUGGCCAAACGUCUGUUGGACAUCUUUACUCGGUCACCUCAAACCCCAUGAAUUCAAAUUUCACCUUAUGUUCUCCCAUCAGCUCACUUUUUUCCUGGUGAAGGGCGCUGCCAUCCAUCCUGUUGGUCCAGCUAGAAAUCUGAGGAGUCUCCCUCUUCUUCAUACCCCAAAGCUUCUCAUACACUUAAUUGCGUUUACCUCCUAAUUGUCUUUCAAAUCCAUCCAUUCACCCCCAUCCCCAUUGCCACAAUUCAUGCACUCACCCCCUCUCAGCAGAAUUUCUCCAGUAACCUCCAAACUCCCGUGACUGCCUCCAGUUGUGAUCCUUCUAAUGCGUUCUUCACAAAACCAAAGUGAUUUUUAAAAUUUUCAACACCUGUGAAAAGAAGGGAAUUUAAAAUUAACUAAUUAAUUAAACCUGAUCCUGUCACAACCCAUCAAUGAUUAAAAUCCAUCAAUGAUGUCCCAUUGCUCUUAGAAUAAAGCUAAUGUCCUUAAAAUGGCCUCAGAGACCCUCCAGCAUGACCCCUUCUUCAGGUAUGCCUUGUACUACUAUCCCUUAGUUCUCCCCAUGCUGACUCUUAGUUUAUCAAACAUGCCGUGUCUCCGCCGGGCACGGUGGCUCACGCCUGUAAUCCCAGCACGUUGGGAGGCUGAGGUGGAUGGAUCACCUGAGGUC